CAGCUGUCUGUCUGUCUGCUUGUUUACAUCACAACACCAACAACACCUGAUUGCCUUAGCUGCAGCAAGUAGACGGAAUUGGUAUUAGUCAUAUAUCGAGCUGAUUUUUUACAGAAUUUCUAAUUAUGCAUGGACGAUUAAAAGUGAGAACUACUGAAGAACAAAAAGAAGCUAAAAAACGUGAACAGCAAGAAAAGUUGAAGAUUUAUUUAGGAGCUACAAACAAAAUAUUCUCUAAGAGAGAAAAAGGAGAAUAUGAUGAAGAGGGACUUGAGUUGACUGGAAGACUUCUUGAACAAAAUCCAGACUUUUAUACUUUAUGGAAUUAUAGAAGAGAAAUUUUGCUUUUUUUAAAACCUAAAAAGAACCAAGAGGAAUUGAAAGCUCUAACAUUAGUGGAAUUAGGUUUGACCCAAAAUUGUUUAAGAGUUAAUCCCAAAUCAUAUGGAGCAUGGCAUCAUCGUUUCUGGGUUAUGGAGUUUGAUCCUGAUGCUGACUGGAAAAAAGAAUUAAAAUUGUGCGGAUAUUUUCUGUCUAAGGAUGAAAGAAAUUUUCAUUGCUGGGACUAUAGACGCCUUGUUGUCAAAAAAUGUGGAGUUGCUCCUGAAGAGGAAUUAACUUAUAGUACAGAAUUAAUAGAAGCAAAUUUCUCAAAUUAUUCUGCCUGGCAUUAUCGUAGCACAUUGUUACCCAUUGUAUAUCCAGAUCAUUCCAAAGGAUCUUUGAAAGAAGACAUAUUAUUAAAAGAAUUGGAUAUAGUCCAAAAUGCUGCAUUUACUGAUCCCAGUGAUCAAAGUGUAUGGUUUUAUCACCGAUGGCUCUUAGGAAGAAGCAAAAUUCCUCUUCAGAUAUUGAAUAUUACUGUACUUAAACCUAAAAAAUCUAUAGCUGUACUGUUUUCUGAACCAAUCAAGAUCCAUAGUAAAUGUUUGAAAUUACAAGUCAAUGAACUUUCCCUUGAUGUCACAUGGAAUGCAGUUUCUUCUUUGACAUCAGGUUCUUCAAUCUGGAUAUGCAACUUGCCAUGUGACAUAGAUCUUGAAGAUGGGAAAAGCAAAAUUUCUGUUAGUCUUGAGAUGGGAAAUUGUGCAAGUUCUUUAGUUUGUCAUGUAAGUGGAAAUAAAUCAUUUGCUUGGAGGAAUGCGGAUAGAACUGAUGCCUUCCGGUCUGAACUUAGUGCUGCAAAAAAAGAAGUACUUGAACAAGAAUUAGAAUCAUGUCAACAGUUAAAUGAAUUGGAACCAGACUGUAAAUGGACUUUGUUUACAUCUAUUUUGAUAAUGAGAGCUUUAAACGAUACAAAUUUUGGAAUUAAUUGGUCAGAUUAUAUGGAGCAACUUAUUAAAGUGGAUGCAUCAAGAAGGAACUACUACAAAGAUUUAGGUAGUAAAUUUGUAAUAGAAGACAUAAUUGAAACUCUUCCGAUGGAAGCAGAUAAAGUGAAUUUCUCCAAUAAGAAAUUAACAAGUUUACAUCACUUUGACCAACUUCUAUUAAUAGAAAAAAUAGAUCUAUCAUCAAAUUAUUUAACAUCAAUUUAUCCCCUUUGUUUCUUGAUAUGUGUGAAAGACAUUAACCUAGAUAAUAAUCAACUGACAAAUCUGGAUGGUUUAGAAAAUUUACAGAAUUUGAAAUAUCUAUCUGUGAAGAAAAAUUUAAUUUAUAUAAAUUCUUUAGCUGUCUUGAAGACUUCUAAUUCUAUUGAAGAACUGCAUCUUGAAGGCAAUCCUGCUGUAGAUGAUUCAGAAUACUCAACAUUACUGAAAACAUUUCCACAGCUCAAAUUAAUUGAUGGCAUUCUUGUAUAACAUAGUUUCCUUUAUAAUGAAUAUUACAACAUAACUAAUUAUAAUCAUAUAAUUCCUCUCUUUCACAAAAUUAUAUGUUUAUGAACUGCUUUGUUUCUAGAAAGAAUUUACUGCUUCAAUUCAGUGUAAUGAAUCUAAUGAAAUGCUUUUCAAAAGCUACAAAAUGGAAAAUUACAUUGUAUGUUUUUGUGUGUCUCAUAAAAAUAUAUAUUUUUUUAAAUUGUUGAACAAAUCCAAUUUAUAAUUUACUAAUGUGUGUUUUGUUUUUAGAUUACUAUGAUUAAAAAAUUAUUUUUCAAAAACUAAAAUUAGCAAGAUCGAUUUUGAAAUAAGAAUGUUAAUUUUAAAAUUUUAUUAUUAGAAUAACAAGUGCAAUAAAAUAUUUUUAUUGAAUAUAUUGUCACCUUUGUCAAAAUUUUUGCUUUACCAGAUUUUAAAGAGGUGGAAUUUUUAGUUUCCAAUAACAAGAAUAGCCAAUAUACAUAUCUAAAAACAAUUUCAUUAUGAAGAUUAUAGAUGUACUUUUAAGUAAAUUUUAGAAAAAAGGAAAUUGCUGAUUAAAAAAAAAAGCUCUGCAUUAACUCAUAAGAUACUAAUAGCAACAUCUUUUCAUACUACCUUUCUUUGAUUAAAAAUGUCUCUCAAAAUGACAAAAAGUAUAAAUGUCAAGUCAAAAACUUUUGCCUUUUUAUGAAUCUACAAGCAAAAAGGAGCUUAAAAAAAAAAAAAAAAAAAAAAAAAAAAAAAAAGCAGCAAUUAUUUUUUAAAA